AUGGAGAAGAAGGUGGAUGCUGGUGGUGAAAAGAAUGGGAACCGUCAUCAAAAGGCUAUUGAAGGUGAAGGAAAGGCGGUCGUUCAUGAUGAAAAGACUACUGAAGGAAAAACGCGUUCCAACAAGAAGCGUUUCCAUCGUCGCUACUACCGUCAUCCAGUUGCAGACAAAUCCAAGAGCGCCACUAAUACUUCCACCAAGGGAGAGGAUGAGAAGAAGGAGGAGGUCGUCGGUGGUGAGGCAAAGAAGGAUGGAGAGGGGCAAGGAACGAAGGAAGAGCCAUCAACUGUUAAUUCGACGUCCACAGCUACUUCUCCUCAGAAAUAAAGUUUUUUUUUUGAGGGAAAAUAAAAUUCUGAUAAAUUUGUUAAGAUUUGAUAGAGUUUUUCAAUGUGACACUUUACACGAAA